AUGACGACCUAUAUCCCAUCCCUCACGAUUCCCCAUGAGGUCUUUUCCAGUGCCGCAGCCUCCGUGCUGCUCCCCAUCGCACUUGGUACCGGUGUGGGCUUCAGCACAAGACGUAAGUUCUUUAUCCCUGCUCAUUCCUAUGCCCAUCUUCAGUCGACUGAAGGUCUUUCCCUCUCCGCAGCCAAGAAAACUCAAGACACGUACCGCUUGAUGAAGCAACCGCCCCUCCGCCCUCCUCCCCAAGUCUUCGGCCCCGUCUGGACGCUCCUCUACGGGUUCAUGGGCUAUGCGGCGCACCGCGCCAUCACCGCCGGCCUGAACCCCCUGACCUCAACGGUCGGCGGGGUGCAGACCGCCAAGCACGCCGCGACCCUGUACACGAUCCAGCUCGGCCUGAACCUCGCGUGGAUGCCCCUUUUCUUCGGCCUGCGCAAGCCCGUCCUGGCCCUGGCCGACAUCGCGUCGCUGGUCGGCAUCAACGGGUACCUGACCUACCUGUUCUUCGGGCUGGACGAGACGGCCGGGUGGUUGAUGGUGCCGUACAUGGCCUGGUUGGGCUUUGCGACUUACCUGAACGCUGGUGUGGGCAUCGUGAACAACUGGAAGAUCAGCGAUGAGGAUUUGUUGAAGGGCAAAAACGCUUAA